AUAGUAAAGGGACGUUACUCUGAAUAACUUUCACAAUAUUUCGUCAUUGGUGAGUUGGAUUUUUGCACUGUAAACAGUGAUUUCUGAGACGUCAAGGGAUAUACUGCUGUUUACGAGUAGGACUUAAAAUAAUUUAACUGAAAUGGCAGAGACUACAGGGAAGGUGAAGAGGUCACAGCCUGCCUGGUCCCCACCUGAGCCGAAGAGGGAACCAGCGAAGCUCAAGCUGUACAACAGCCUCACAAGACAAAAGGAAGAUUUUGUGCCACAGAAUGGGAACCAGGUGUUGUGGUAUAGUUGUGGACCAACUGUGUAUGACUCCUCGCACAUGGGACAUGCUCGUUCAUACAUUUCGUUUGACAUCCUGCGGAGGGUGAUGACAGAUUAUUUCAACUACAAUAUUACAUAUUGUAUGAAUGUCACCGAUAUUGAUGAUAAGAUCAUCAAGCGUGCAAGACAGAAUCACCUGUUUAACAGUUACGUUGCAGAGAGUAAACCUUGGAACAGUGUUAUUGCAGACACUGUUACAGCUAUGACGCCGUUUAAAGAAAAAAUGGAGAAGGAAGAAGACAAAGAUAAACUAGACAUGUAUAAGAGAAUGAAAGCUGGAAUAGAGGCUGCCGUUACAAACAUGGAGACCGUUGUCAACAACAAUAGUGGGGAAACCGUUAUUAAAGAGGCUAGACAGCAACUGUUGGUAGCCUCGAAAGACAUUCUCUCUGACUGGCUGGACAGUCUGCAUGGGUCAGAGGUCACAGAUAAAUCUAUCUUCUCCAAACUAUCCCAGUAUUUUGAAGGGGAUUAUCAUGUAGAUAUGGAAAGUCUAAAUGUGUUACCUGCGGAUGUAUUGACAAGAGUGAGUGAUUACGUGCCAGAAGUUAUUGACUUUGUGCAGAGAGUCAUCGACAACGGCUAUGGCUAUGAAUCAAAUGGUUCAAUAUAUUUUGACACAAGUGUGUUUAGCAAUGCUCCAAAUCAUCACUAUGCCAAACUGGUUCCCGAGGCUUACGGGGAUAUGAAAGCUUUAAAGGAAGGAGAAGGGGAGCUUAGCAUAUCUGAGGACAGAAUGAGUGAAAAAAGAAGCCCCAAUGAUUUUGCCCUUUGGAAAGCUGGUAAACCUGGAGAACCAACUUGGGAUUCCCCCUGGGGAAAGGGUCGGCCAGGCUGGCAUAUAGAAUGUUCUGUGAUGGCAAGCAGUAUACUGGGAGAAUCUCUAGACAUCCACACAGGAGGCGUAGAUCUCAAAUUCCCACAUCAUGACAAUGAACUUGCUCAGGCAGAGGCAUAUUUCGAAAAUGAUCACUGGGUUCAGUAUUUCAUCCAUUCGGGUCAUCUGACAAUUGAUGGCUGCAAAAUGUCCAAAUCUCUUAAAAACUUUAUCACCAUCAAAGACGCGUUAAAGAAACACACGGCGAGACAGCUGAGGUUGCUAUUUCUACUACAUUCUUGGAAAGAUACAUUAGACUAUGGCAGCGAUACCAUGACUGGUGCAAUAAGAUAUGAGAAAUUAGUGUCGGAGUUUUUCCACAUGUUAAAAGAUAUAAAGCGAAAUACCCCAGGAUCUGGUGUAGAGGCCUUUGACAAAUGGGGACCAGAGGAACUGAGUCUAAACCAAAAGUACAGUGACUGCAGAGAGGAGAUACAUGAAGCCCUCUGUGAUUCAAUAGACACUAAAAGAACAUGUGAUGCAAUUAAAGACUUGAUUAAAGCCUGCAAUAUAUAUGUACCAGAUAUUAGAAAUAAAAGAAGGCCAAACAGAAUACUGUUGGAAAAUAUAGGAGCAUUUAUUCUUAGGAUUUUCAAGAUAUUUGGGGCAGUGCAGGCCAAUGAGGACUGGUUAACAGUUUCCAGUGGAGCCACCACAGGAAGUGUUGAUGUUGAAGAGAUGGUGAUGCCGUAUUUAACAGUUUUUGCAAACUUCAGAGAAGAUAUAAGGAAAGUUGCAAGGGAGGAAAAAGUUACCUCUGUACUGAAGGUGUGUGACAAUCUACGUGAUGAGGUGCUCCCCAAUCUGGGGGUAAGAUUGGAAGACAAAGAAGGGCAGCCUCCAGUCAUCAAACUGGUUGAUAGAGAAACACUUCUGAAGGAAAGAGAAGAAAAGCUCAGGCAAGAAGAAGCCAAAAGAAAAGAAAAGGAACUAAAGAAACAGAAAGCAGAGAAAGAAAAGGCAGAAAAGGAAGCUCAGAAGAAAAUACCUCCAUCAGAACUCUUCAGAAAGGAGACAGACAAGUACUCCAAGUUUGAUGAAAAGGGACUUCCAACACAUGAUGCAGAAGGGAAGGAACUGUCUAAAUCUGCUCUGAAGAAAAACAUGAAGGUAUACGAGGCACAAGAGAAGAAAUACAAGGAAUUCUUGAAAAGUCAGGAAACCAGUCAGCAGUCUGCUGGGGCAGAGGCACAGUCUGGAUAGAAAAUAGGCAACCAGUCUAGAAAGGACUGUGACACAGACUGAGUGAAAGUCAUAGACUGGGACAUAUUUCAGAUAGAAACCAGUCUGGACCAGGAUAUUUAUAUUGACACAGUGCAAGUGAUUAGGAAACUCAAGUUAUAAGUUGUGAAGAAUUUGAUUGGUAUAGAAAACUAAAACAAAAGACUACUAGGAUAGUCAAGGGAAAUGCUUGGCCAAACCUUAACUUUCUGAAAAUCAUGCUUCAAUAUUUGAAGUUUUAAAACUUGUCAAAAAAAAAAAAAAUGAAGAUUGCUUUAUCGCAUACAGUUAAAUGAUAUGGCUUGUUAAAUUUCUGUCUAAUAUUUUCACCUUAAUUAUGUCUCCCACAUCACUGUGUGGUGGGAGGCAUAUUGAUUUACUCCUGUCUGUCUGUCUGUCUGUCUGUCUGUCACAAAUCUUGUCCACACUCUUAAGUUGUACAUUUCUUAUCCGAUCUUCACCAAACUUGAAUAAAAUGUGUUUGCCAUAAGUCCUCAGCCAAGUUUGAUAACUAGCCAAAUCGGCCCAGGCACUUCCUAAUUCUGGUCCUUGAAAUAUUGUUUUUGAUACUCAAAGCACUGAAAGUCUGAUUAGGUUGUGUGUGCGUGUGUGUGUUCGGAUUUAACGUCUUUCUCAACAUUUUUUCAGUCAUAUGAACAGGUUGUAUCAAAGCACUAAAAGUCUGAUUGGGUUGUUUUUGAUAAUCAAAGCACUGAAAGUCUGAUUGGGAAUUAAAAAUAUAUAGGGAGUAGGGUUUAUGCUCGAACAUUUCUCAUCCGAUCUUAUACUACUAUUCAGAUGAUUAGGCAGUUUUGGGAGACAUGGGCUUUUCUCAAAAGCAGCUCUAGUUUAUUAUUGUCAUAUUUUUGUUCAGUUUUAUCUUUUAAAAAAUAUCUGAUUGUUGGUAUGGGGUAACACACUGAAAUGAAAAUGAUAUAAUGGCAGUUGGUAUAAUUAUACUGUAGUAUAUUUGUUUUAAUAUUUAUUUGUGGAUAAAUAUUUUCACGUACAUGUUUUACAUUCUUUUUUCAUAUAAACAACCCAACAGAUAUAUAUAUAUACAAUUAUACACCCCAUUGUGCUGUAGCAAAACCCAACAUAAGAUUUAUUUGUUUACAAAUUUCAAUAAAAGAUAAAUCUGACUUAAUAUUUAUGCUGAUGUUUUAUGUUGAAAAAUAUGAAAUACUAUAAAUUAGUCAAGUUUUUAUGCCCCUGAAGGGAGGCAUUUAGUUUUUGAACCGUCUGUCCGUCUGUCGGUCCGUCGGUCUGUCAGUCUGUCAGUCUGUCCGCAAUUUUCGUGUCCGGUCCAUAUCUUUGUCAUCGAUGGAUGGAUUUUCAAAUAACUUGGCAUGAAUGUGUACCACAGUAAGACGACGUGUCGCGCGCAAGACCCAGGUCCGUAGCUCAAAGGUCAGGGUCACACUUAGACAUUAAAGGAUAGUGCAUUGAUGGGUGUGUCCGGUCCAUAUCUUUGUCAUCGAUGGAUGGAUUUUCAAAUAACUUGGCAUGAAUGUGUACCACAGUAACACGACGUGUUGCACGCAAGACUUAGGUCCGUAGCUCAGAGGUCAAGGUCACACUUAGACAUUAAAGGAUAGUGCAUUGAUGGGCGUGUCCGGUCCAUAUCUUUGUCAUCGAUGGAUGGAUUUUCAAAUAACUUGGCAUGAAUGUGUACCACAGUAAGACGACGUGUCCCGCGCAAGACCCAGGUCCGUAGCUCAAAGGUCAAGGUCACACUUAGACAUUAAAUGAUAGUGCAUUGAUGGGCGUGUCCGGUCCAUAUCUUUGUCAUCGAUGGAUGGAUUUUUAAAUAACUUGGCAUGAAUGUGUACCACAGUAAGACGACGUGUCAUGCGCAAGACCCAGGUCCGUAGCUCAAAGGUCAAGGUCACACUUAGACGUUAAAGGUCAUUUUUCAUGAUAGUGCAUUGAUGGGCGUGUCCGGUCCAUAUCUUUGUCAUUCAUGCAUGGAUUUUAAAAUAACUACGCAUGAAUGUGUGACUCAGUAAGUCGACGUGUCGCGCGCAAGACCCAGCUCCGUAGGUCAAAGGUCCUAAACUCUAACAUCGGCCAUAACUAUUCAUUCAAAGUGCCAUCGGGGGCAUGUGUCAUCCUAUGGAGACAGCUCUUGUUUAUUAUCUACUGCAGUUGGUUGAAAAGUUUAGGCAAAUUGGUCAGUUAAUUGCAGAACGAUAUUUAAAAAGCCUCAGUAUCACUAAUUAGUAUGCAGAUUAAACUUUGUUAAUAGAUCAUGCCUGAAGUAAAGAAGAGAACACAGUAACUAAAUCUAAAUGAAUUACAUAAAGAUUUCUUCAUCAUUCUUAUAUAUGAUAUUGAUAAAAUCUAAUAUUUUUACUGAUAGUUCAGAUACACUUUCAUUCAAUGCUAUUAUUUAUGUUUAACUAAGUUCUGGCCUUUUGGUUUCUCCACUUUUAGUUUGAGUAUGCUUAAAAAAAUAUAGCGAUCCCUUUACCAGUUUCAUUCAAUAUCUACACAUUUUCAGUAAAGUUAGAUACUUACAUUUUCAGCAAAAGCAUGUACUAUGGAUUUGCUUCUUUAUAACAAUUUGUUUAAGAGUUAGCCUAACAUGUUGAUAGAAAAAAAAUCAAACAAUAUCCAAAUCAUAGAAAGUAGCGGUUGUUUCACAUGAAAAUUGAACAGCAUAUAAAACAUGUAUUUUACUCUACACAACAACUGUCAGCUUAAGCCCUCUACAGACGGUAGGUUUUUGUUGUACAACACUUAUUAUCUCAAAGAUGUACAAUUGUACAUUUUUCACAUACAGACAGUAUUCCAUCCUCAUAUAAAUCACAGAGAUUUACCUAGUAAACAUAAUGCAUCAGGUACUGAAAAGAAUGUAACCAUUAAUAAUAAAAAAUAAUAUUCACCUUUUUAUGUCCAAUGAAUUUGAUUACGCAUGACACAAAUGAGCCACGCCAUGAGAAAACCAACAUAGUGGCUUUGCGACCAGUAUGGAUGCAGACCAGCCUGUGCAGUCUGGUCAGGAUCAUUGAUGUUUCCUUUUUAAGUCUAUUGCAACUAGAGAAAUGGUUAGCGAACAUCAUGGACCAGACUGCGCGGAUGCUGGUCGGAAACGCGCUAUGUUGGUUUUCUCAUGGCGUGGCUCAAAUCAUUAAACUUUUCAGUGUCAUCCUUUUUAAUCCCCCGCCGUGGCGGAGGGAUUAUAGGAAUGGUCUGCGUCCGUCCGUCCGUCCAUCCUUCCGUCCGUCUGUCCGUCCUUCCUUAACAAAAUUGUGUCCGGUCCAUAUCUCCUAAACCCCUUGAAGGAUUUUCAUGAAACUUGGGUCAAAUGAUCACCUCAUCAAGACGAUGUGCAGAACCCAUGAGUCAGCCUUGUCGGUUCAAGGUCAAGGUCACAACUCGAGGUCAAAGGUUUGAGCCUGCCAUUUUGUGUCCGCUCUAUAUCUCCUAAACCCCUUGAAGGAAUUUUAUAAAACUUGGGUCAAAUGAUCACCUGAUCAAGACGAUGUGCAGAACCCAUGAGUCAGCCAUGCCGGCUCAAGGUCAAGGUCACAACUCCAGGUCAAAGGUUUGAGCCUUCCAUUUUGUGUCCGCUCUAUAUCUCUUAAACCCAUUGAAGGAAUUUUAUAAAACUUGGGUCAAAUGAUCACCUCAUCAAGACCCCAUGAGUCAGCCAUGCCGGCUCAAGGUCAAGAUCACAACUCCAGGUCAAAGGUUUGAGCCUUCCAUUUUGUGUCCGCUCUAUAUCUCUUAAACCCCUUGAAGGAAUUUUAUAAAACUUGGGUCAAAUGAUCACCUCAUCAAGACGAUGUGCAGAACCCAUGAGUCAGUCAUGCCGGCUCAAGGUCAAGGUCACAACUUAGGGUCAAAGGUUUGAGCCUUCCAUUUUGUGUCCCCUGUAUAUCUCCUAAACCCCUUGAAGGAUUUUCAUCAAACUUGGGUCAAACGAUCACCUCAUCAAGGCGAUGUGCAGAACUUAUGAGUCAGCCUAAACCCCUUGAAGGAAUUUUAUAAAACUUGGGUCAAAUGAUUACCUCAUCAGACCGAUGUGCAGAAAUUAUGAGUCAACCAUGCCAGCUCAAGGUCAAGGUCACAACUAAGGGUCGAAGGUUUGAGCCUUCCAUUUGGUGUCCACUCUGUAUCUCCUUAACCCCUUGAAGGAUUUUCAUCAAACUUGGGUCAAAUGAUCACCUCAUCAAGAACUCAUGAGUCAGCCAUGUCAACUCAAGGUCAAGGUCACAACUGAAGGUCAAAGGUUUCAGCUCUGUAUCUCCUAAACCCCUUGAAGGAUUUUCAUGAAACUUUGGUCAAAUGAUCACCUCAUCAAGACGUUGUGCAGAAUUCAUGAGUCAGCCAUGUCAGUUCAAGGUCAAGGUCACAGCUAAAAUCAAAGGUUUACCCUUUCACUAUCCAUAGCAGUGGCGGGGGAUUUAGCUGUCUUUCGGACUGCCUUGUUCCAUUAUGCAUUAGAAACCAUUUUAUAUUCAGAUUUGUGUUUAUUUUAUGGGCAAUUGUUUCUGGAAUUUCGUUCACUUGCCUCUUAUCAGCUAAUUAUCCCCUCCGUCCGCCCGUCCGCAGCCAUUUCUCAGUAACUACUUGGUAGAAUUUCAUUAAACUUGAAAUAAACAUGAACCAACAUACUGCGAUGAUGCCCGUCAAGUUUUUUUUUUGAUUGGUCAAUUUCCCUCAGAGUUAUUGCCCUUGAUUUAAUAAAAUACGUCCUUCUGCAGCCAUUUCUCAGUAACUAACAGGUAGUUUUUCAUCAAAUUUGAAAUAGAAAUGAACCAAGUUACUGUGCUGAUGCCCGUCAAGUUUUUUUUUUGUUAGGUCAAUUUCCCUCAGAGUUAUUGCCCUUGAUUUAAUGAAAAAUGUCCGUCUGCAGCCAUUUCUCAGUAACUAGCAGGUAGAAUUUCAUCAAACUUGAAAUAGACAUGAACCAAGAUACUGCGAUGAUGCCCUUCAAGUUUUUUUUCGAUUGGUCAAUUUUCCAUAUAGUUAUUGCCCUUUAAUUGUUUAAAAAUCCACAGAUCUGUACAUAACAAACCAACCAAUUGGAAGAAUAUCAUUAAACUUCUUUCAUUCUUUUCCAUGAACAUUUAUUAUAAACAUGUGAUGUUGUGUACCUACACCUGGUCACCACCUUACCUUGGUCACCCCCCUCCCCCUCACCACUCCCCCCCCCCCUCCCCCACCCACCACCCCUAUUUUUUUUUUUUUUUUUUUUUUUUUUUUUCAUUUUUCGUUUUCUAUCAAUAUUUAUAAUCAACAUGUAAACUGUUGUAUCCUCACCCCACCCCCCACCCAAACAAACCAUUCAUUUUCUUUUAAUUUGAUUUUGACUAAUGAAAUUAUUUGCUUCUUGGUAACAUUCUUAACUUUUUGCUGGAUAUAUUUUUUUGCCAUUCCUCAGCUCUGACCCUUUCGGCAGGGGAAUUCCAAUUCAUCGAAUUUACUUGUUAUUUACCAAUUUGUUGCUUGUCAACCUGGGUGGUACGUAAGGCAAAACUUACGAAAUAGAACAUGUCCUAAUCUGUAAGUCAAGACUUAAGAUUUACGAAAUCAAGGAAUAGCAUCAUACACAUGAUAAUAUUUGGCUGUACAUCUUGAAUUUAGUUGGUGUUGUACAACAAAAACCUACCGUCUGUAGAGGGCUUUGCUGAUAUAUACAUCAAAUUCUGGAAAAUGGCUGCUUAAAGGGGCCACACUUACAGACAGUUCAGCGCCUUUAAAAAAUAUCACCAAUUUCAAAGAACUUUUAAAUAUCUUAUUUUUAAUGCAUUUACAAAAAUGUCCCAGUGCUGAAAUUUCGCUUAUCUAAGUGGAACAUAAUUUUCAGCAAUUGUCUAUUUUUUUAGCUCACCUGUCACAAAGUGACAAGGUGAGCUUUUGUGAUCGCGCGGUGUCCGUCAUCCGUCCGUGCGUGCGUCCGUCCAUAAACUUUUGCUUGUGACCACUCUAGAGGUCACAUUUUUUGUGGGAUCUUUAUGAAAGUUGGUCAGAAUGUUCAUCUUGAUAAUAUCUAGGUCAAGUUCGAAACUGGGUCACGUGCCAUCAAAAACAAGGUCAGUAGGUCUAAAAAUAGAAAAAGCUUGUGACCUCUCUAGAGGCCAUAUAUUUCACAAGAUCUUCAUGAAAAUUGGUCAGAAUGUUCACCUUGAUGAUAUCUAGGUCAAGUUCGAAACUGGGUCACGUGCCAUCAAAAACUAGGUCAAUAGGUCUAAAAAUAGAAAAACGUUGUGACCUCUCUAGAGGCCAUAUUUUACAAAGAUCUUCAUGAAAAUUGGUCAGAACAUUCACCUUGAUGAUAUCUAGAUCAAGUUCGAAAUUGGGUUACGUGCCUUCAAAAACUAGGUCAGUAGGUCAAAUAAUAGAAAAACCUUGUGACCUCUCUAAAGGCCAUAUUUUUCAUGGGAUCUGUAUGAAAGUUGGUCUGAAUGUUCAUCUUGAUGAUAUCUAGGUUAAGUUUGAAACUGGGUCACGUUUGAUCAAAAACUAGGUCAGUAGGUCUAAAAAUAGAAAAUUCUUGUGACCUCUCUAGAGGCCAUAUAUUUCAUGAGAUCUUCAUGAAAAUUGGUCAGAAUGUUCACCUUGAUGAUAUCUAGGUCAAGUUCGAAAUUGGGUCACGUGCCAUCAAUAACUAGGUCAGUAGGUCAAAUAAUAGAAAAACCUUGUGACCUCUCUAGGGACGAUUUUUUCAUGAGAUCUUCAUGAAAGUUGGUCUAAAUGUUCACCUUGAUGAUAUCUAGGUCAAGUUCGAAAGUGGGUCACGUGCCAUUUAAAACUAGGUCAGUAGAUCAAAUAAUAGAAAAACCUUGUGACCUCUCUAAAGGCCAUAUUUUUCAUGGGAUCUGUAUGAAAUUUGGUCAGAAUGUUCAUCUUGAUGAUAUCUAGGUCAAGUUUGAAACAGGGUCACGUGCGGUCAAAAACUAGGUCAGUAGGUCUAAAAAUAGAAAAACCUUGUGACCUCUCUAGAGGACAGACUUGUGAAUGGAUCUCCAUAAAAUUUGGUCAGAAUGUUCAUCUUGAUGAUAUCUAGGUCAAGUUCGAAAGUGGGUCACGUGCCUUCAAAAAGUAGGUCAUAGGUCAAAUAAUGAAAAAACGUUGUGACCUCUCUAGAGGCCAUACCCUUCAAUGGAUCUUCAUGAAAAUUGGUCAGAAUGUUCACCUUGAUGAUAUCUAGGUCAGUUUAGAAACUGGGUAACGUGCCUUAAAAAACUAGGUCAGUAGGUCAAAUAAUAAAAAAAUCUUGUGACCUCUCUAGAGGCCAUACUUUUCAUGGGAUCUAUAUGAAAGUUAGUCUGAAUGUUCAUCUUGAUGAUAUCUAGGUCAAGUUUGAAACUGGAUCAAUUGUGGUGAAAAACUAGGUCAGUAGGUCUAAAAUUAGAAAAAUCUUUUGACCUCUCUAGAGGCCAUAUUUUUCAAUGUAUCUUCAUGAAAAUUGAUCUGAAUGUUUAACUUGAUGAUAUCUAGGCCUGUUUCGAAACUGGGUCACGUGCGGUCAAAAACUAGGCCAGUAGGUCUAAAAAUAGAAAAACCUUGUGACCUCUCUAGAGGCCAUAUUUUUUAUGAGAUCUUCAUGAAAAUUAGUGAGAAUGUUCACCUUGAUGAUAUUCAGGUAAAUUUCAAAACAGGAUCUUGUACCUUCGAAAACUAGGUCAAUAGGUCAAAUAAUAGAAAAAACUUGUGACCUCUCUAGAGACCAUAUUUUUCAAUGGAUCUUCAUGAAAAUUGGACAGAAUUUUUAUCUUGAUAAUAUCUAGGUCAAGUUCAAAACUGGGUCACAUGAGCUCAAAAGCUAGGUCACUAUGUCAAAUAGUAGAAAAAACGAUGUCAUACACAAAACUGGGUCAUGUGGGAAGAGGUGAGCGAUUCAGGACCAUCAUGGUCCUCUUGUUUAUUUCUUAACAUAAUUAUGUUCUUCAUUUUUCAAGGGGGACAAAUUUUUGAGACUAUUUUAAGUAUCCAUUGUAUGGGACAGUACACUAGAACAUAUAAUGGUCAGGUAGAUUGUUGAUAAAGAUGUUGUACCUUUAUCAAAUAUUUGAAGAUCUACUCCUAAACAUUAAACUAUGAAGUGUCACUUUUGUUCGACUGGUAAGUUUGAUAAAAGAUAGUGAAAACUUUUUUUAUUUCCUUGUUUAUUGUGUCUGUACUGUAUGCAGUUUUAAAAGCCCCAGUGUACGUUUGUGAAUUCCACACCCAUAUUGUUUUUAGCUCACCUGUCACAUAGUGACAAGGUGAGCUUUUGUGAUCAAGCAGCGUCCGUCCGUGCGUAAACUUUUCCUUGUGACAUCUCUAGAGGUCACAUUUUUUGUGGGAUCUUUAUGAAAGUUGGUCAGAAUGUUCAUCUUGAUGAUAUAUAGGUCAAGUUCAAAACUGGGUCACGUGCCAUCAAAAACUAGGUCAGUAGGUCUAAAAAUAGAAAAACCUUGUGACCUCUCUAGAGGCCAUAUUUCUCAAUGGAUCUUCAUGAAAAUUGGUCAGAAUGUUCACCUUGAUGAUAUCUAGGUCAAGUUCGAAACUGGGUCACGUGGGAUCAAAAACUAGGUCAGUAGGUCUAAAAAUAGAAAAACCUUGUGACUUCUCUAGAGGCCAUAUUUUUCAUGAGAUCUUCAUGAAUAUUGGUCAGAAUGUUCACCUUGAUGAUAUCUAGAUCAGGUUCGAAACUGGGUCACGUGCCAUCAAAAACUAGGUCAUUAGGUCUAAAAAUAGAAAACCCAUGUGACCUCUCUAGAGGCCAUAUUUCUCAAUGGAUCUUCAUGAAAAUUGGUCAGAAUGUUCACCUUGAUGAUAUCUAGGUCAGGUUCGAAACUGGGUCACAUGGGGUCAAAAACUAGGUCAGUAGGUCUAAAAAUAGAAAAACCUUGUGACUUCUCUAGAGGCCAUAUUUUUCAAUGGAUCUUCAUGAAAAUUGGUCAGAAUGUUCACCUUGAUGAUAUCUAGGUCAAGUUCGAAACUGGGUCACGUGGGGUCAAAAACUAGGUCAGUAGGUCUAAAAAUAGAAAAACCUUGUGACUUCUCUAGAGGCCAUAUUUUUCAUGAGAUCUUCAUGAAUAUUGGUCAGAAUGUUUACCUUGAUGAUAUCUAGGUCAAGUUCGAAACUGGGUCACGUGCCAUCAAAAACUAGGUCAUUAAGUCUAAAAAUAGAAAACCCUUGUGACCUCUCUAGAGGCCAUAUUUCUCAUGAGAUCUUCAUGAAUAUUGGUCAGAAUGUUCACCUUGAUGAUAUCUAGGUCAGGUUCGAAACUGGGUCACAUGGGGUCAAAAAGUAGGUCAGUAGGUCUAAAAAUAGAAAAACCUUGUGACUUCUCUAGAGGCCAUAUUUUUCAAUGGAUCUUCAUGAAAAUUGGUCAGAAUGUUUAACUUGAUGAUAUCUAGGUCAAGUUCGAAACUGGGUCACGUGGGGUCAAAAACUAGGUCAGUAGGUCUAAAAAUAGAAAAACCUUGUGACCUCUCUAGAGGCCAUAUUUCUCAAUGGAUCUUCAUGAAAAUUGGUGAGAAUGUUCAGCUUGAUGAUAUCUAGGUCAAGUUCGUAACUGGGUCAUGUGCGGUCAAAAACUAGGUCAGUAGGUCUAAAAAUAGAAAAACCUUGUGACCUCUAGAGGCCGUAUUUUUCAAUGGAUCUUCAUGAAAAUUGGUCAGAAUUUUUUAUCUUGAUGAUAUCUAGGUCACAUGUGCUCAAAAACUAGGUCACUGUGUCAAAUAAUAGAAAUAACGACGUCAUACUCAGUUCAACAACUGGGACAUGUGGGGAUAGGUGAGCGAUUCAGGACCAUCAUUGUCCUCUUGUUUUUACAUGUUAUUUGUGCUUCUAGUGUUUGCAUGAUUAUAAAUGGCAAUGUAUACAUGUCAAAAUUAAAAUGUGAAAUUAU